CCUCAGAUCUUCCCGUCCAUUACGCCACCUCUCCACCUAAACCAAACCGUACCGAACCUUGCCAUUUUGCAACUCACACCUCGCCGACCACGUAUUUACUAUAACCCGCCUUACCGUUGAGGCCUUUACUCUCCUUUUUUGCGCCUAGCCCCCUACAAAGUUUCCACAUCUUGCGUCUGUGACCUUCACCGGAGUUGCCAUAUGAAUGGUCAAACUACGAUGGGGCUCGCCGCAGCCGCAGCCGCCGCCGUGAGGCCGUGCCGCCGCCGCCUACUCUCGUCCGUCUCAGCCGGGGGCGCGAAGGCAUCCGUGACCCCGCUCUUCCCGAGACGCCCCCACCCGCAGCACCACCACCACGGCCGCCGCCUCCCCUUCCUCGCCUCGGCGGCGUCGCAGACCUCGCACUCCGACCCGAGCUCCACCCCAACAACCACCCCCACCCCUGUAAACUCCGAUCCCCGCUCCGCCGUCGCCGGGAACCUCCCUUUCUUUGACCGCGUGCUCUUCCCGGGCUCCUUCCCUCCUGUCGAGACCCCGCCUGUGGAGGAGCCGGCGCCGCCGACCGAUGAGGGUCUGGCUUCGCCGGUGAGGGAGGAGUCGGAGACGGAGAGGGAGGCCUGGAGGCUACUGAGGAGGGCGGUGGUGAGCUACUGCGGCGAACCGGUGGGCACGGUGGCGGCGGAGGACCCCGAGUGCACGGAGGUGGCCAACUACGACCAGGUCUUCAUCAGGGACUUCGUCCCCUCCGCGCUCGCCUUCCUCAUGCGCGGAGAGACUGAAAUCGUCCGCAAUUUCCUCCUCCACACCUUGCAGCUGCAGAGCUGGGAGAAAACUGUUGACUGUUACAGCCCUGGGCAAGGCUUGAUGCCAGCCAGCUUUAAGAUUAGGACUGUUCCUCUUGACGAAAACAACGAAGCAUUUGAGGAGGUUUUGGACCCUGACUUUGGUGAAUCCGCUAUUGGCCGUGUAGCUCCAGUUGAUUCUGGACUUUGGUGGAUUAUCUUACUCAGAGCAUACUGCAAGAUUACAGGGGACUAUUCUUUGCAAGAAAGAGUGGAUGUCCAAACCGGCAUUAAACUGAUCUUGAGUUUGUGUUUGACUGACGGGUUUGACAUGUUUCCAACUUUACUGGUCACAGACGGAUCAUGCAUGAUAGACAGGAGGAUGGGAAUACAUGGACACCCUCUUGAGAUUCAAGCUCUGUUCUAUUCUGCUCUAAGAUGCUCAAGAGAAAUGAUUACUGUGAAUGAUGGCUCAAAACACCUACUCCGUGCCAUCAACAACAGGCUCAGUGCAUUGUCUUUUCACAUUAGGGAAUACUACUGGGUUGAUAUGAAGAAGAUAAAUGAGAUCUACCGAUACAAGACAGAAGAAUACUCACAUGAUGCAACUAACAAAUUCAACAUUUAUCCUGAGCAAAUCCCUUCCUGGCUUGUUGAUUGGAUUCCUGAGGAAGGGGGUUAUCUUAUUGGAAACCUGCAGCCAGCCCACAUGGAUUUCAGGUUCUUCUCUCUUGGCAAUCUUUGGGCCAUAUCUUCAUCUCUAACCACUCCAACACAAGCUGAGGGAAUACUUAGCCUCAUUGAAGAGAAAUGGGAUGAUCUUGUAGCGAACAUGCCCCUCAAGAUCUGUUACCCUGCAAUGGAAGAUAAUGAAUGGCGCAUUGUUACUGGCAGUGACCCUAAGAACACCCCAUGGUCAUAUCAUAAUGGUGGAUCUUGGCCAACCCUACUGUGGCAGUUUACACUGGCCUGUAUCAAAAUGGGGAGACCAGAGUUGGCCAGGAGGGCCGUUGCGGUGGCUGAGGAGCAGCUCUCAGCUGACAAGUGGCCGGAAUACUAUGACACCCGAUCUGGAAGAUUCGUGGGGAAGCAAUCACGGUCAUAUCAGACGUGGACUAUUGCUGGUUUUCUGACCUCCAAGAUGUUGCUGGAAAACCCAGAGUUGGCCUCUAUUCUGACCUGUGAUGAGGAUCUUGAGCUCCUUGAAGGCUGUGCUUGCUGCCUCUCGAAGAGGACUAGGUGCUCACGCCGUGUGACCAAAGAAGACAUUGUCGAGUAAAACAGCAGAGUGCCUUUUAUUCUUGCUACUCUGCACACCUGAUGUAUACUAUCGACUGAGAAUUAACUGAGGCGGACACACUCCAGCGGUGUACAUUAUAGGUUUACGGUAGAUAUCUAUCCAUUCAUUUCCUCAAUGUAUGCUCAUUCUUUUUUGCUGAGCUGCCAUUGAUGGGAACUAGCCUGGGUGAUACAGUGGUCAAAGAAAGCACCACCCAUUUAUGUUUGAGCUUUUAUGUACCCAAAAAGGAAUUUGUUCUUGUACUUGGACACCAGCUGCUCCUGAUUCGGAGCGCUGCAAAGCCCUAACCAUUGUAUCUCUUGUCGGUAUUUAAUCCGUAUGUUGUGCGAACUUAAAUGAGGCUGUCCUGUUCUUGUCAUGAAUAAUAAUACUAUUGUUAUCUA